UACUUUCCCCGACCGGUUAUUUUGCUAACAGGUCAGGAGAUGAUUUCCAACCUGCUGAAGAUGCAACAAGCCGUCGAUGUGGACGACCAGUUGGCCUCCGAGGCUGCGACCACCGCGAUCGUGAAACAGGUCUCCGUGGAUACCGCGGACAGUCGUCCGAGCUGGAUGCGACAACUGGAGGUCAGCGCACACACCUGGAAGGCCCUGCUGCCCAAACCCUUGCGUCUGCUGGACCGCACCGCAGAGAACAUUACGGACCCACUGUUCCGUUGUUUCGAGCGCGAAAUAAAUUCCGGUGCUGUACUGCUGACUGUGGUUCGCGAGGACCUGGAGAAUGUUAAAAAGGUCUGUGCGGGUAGCAUGAAGCCGACCAACUACCACCGCGAGCUCAUGUCCGACCUGGCCAAGGGUCUGAUCCCCCAGUCCUGGCGACAGUACACGGUGCCCUCGGGUCUCACUGUCAUCCAAUGGAUCACCGACUUUGUUGCCCGCGUGGGCCAGCUGAUGGAGGUCAGUCAGGCCGUUGCCGCUGGUGGUACACCCGCUCUGCGCGGUCUCAAGAUCUGGCUAGGUGGUCUGUUCAUGCCUGAGGCCUACAUCACGGCUACGCGCCAAGCGGUCGCCCAAUCACACUCCUGGGCUCUGGAAGAGCUAUCCCUCAGCGUUGAAUUGGUGCCCGGUAAGAAGGACGUCCCAACACCCUCGGAUAACUGUUCCUUCGUGGUCUGUGGCCUUCGUUUGAUGGGCGCCGAGCCAAUGGACUCCAAGACUAUCCGUCUUUCAUCAUCUAUCGUUUGUGAAAUGCCUUGCACCAUUCUCAGGUGGAUUCGGAUCGUGAAGGAUAAGCAACAGGCAGGCGAAUCGCCGGCGGAAGGCGAGAGUGGUGUCCAACUACCCGUCUACCUCAACGCAUCGCGUACCGUCCUCCUAUUUACACUGACCCUACAAACCAAGGAGGCAGGUAGCGACUUCUACAAGCGGGGCGUGGCCAUCCUCUCUUCUCAGCUCGGCUGA